UUAUUUUCAUCUUUAUUAACAGGUGGUUUCUUCUCCGACGAGGUAGGCUAUGUUGCAGAAAACUGCAAGAAAUGUCCUGAUGGGUCCUUUGUGGCUUUUGAUAAAGCUCCCGGAACACAAAGUCAGGAUUGCAAGUCAUGCCCUCAAGGUGCGUUACAGUAACUAUGACAAUCCGAACAAGGAAAGUGUUCAUCAAAAGCGCGUGUAUUCCAUUCCACGUAAGACCUGUUAUUAUUCAUUCAAAAUAUUUCCCCGAUUCUGAUUGGCGAAAGGCACACGGAUAAUUCACAAUUAAUGAAUGAGGCUGAGUAUCUUAUGAAGAAUUAUGGAGAUCGAGGAGGGUGUUAUAACACCCUCAUAAUUCUUCAUAUGAUACGAAAGCCGAAUUCAAUAAUUGUUAAAUAUUCCAUGGUGAAAUAAUUAUUCUUUUAUUUACUCUAGAAAUCACAAAAGAUAAGAUUUACUCUCGAAAAGUUUUCAUUUCUCUUUUGUUUGCCAAGCUAGUUAAACGAUUCAUGCUCAUGACUAAAUUAAGCCUAAAUUUUCAGACAACGGUUGAAAAGGCUGAUCCCAUUUGCGAUCCAUUAUCUCGGCUAUUCAUAUGUGGUCAAGCAACGUUUACUUGAACAAAUCUCCUAUUUAAAAUCAAUAACGUAUAUAACUGUUUGAUGGUUUGUUUGUUUAACACAACCACAGGAACAGAGACUGAUUUCUUUGCUGGGUACCGUGCUUGUAAAUGUUUGGAGGGUUUUUACAGAACAGAUAUGUUCGGUGUAUGUCGAAAAUGCGGACUUCAAGGUGGUCUGGCAUGCCAAGAUGACUAUGCUUCUUUGAAAUCUGGUUAUUGGUGGGAAUGGAGGAACAAAACACAUAUUUAUCGCUACAAGGAGUUCAUUAGAAACCUGUUGGCAUCAGUACCGGCACUGGGCCCUGAUGAUGUUCAAUAUCCAUACGCGAUCCCAACACCUUAUAUGUGUCCCAGGAAGGAGUCUUGCAAGGGAGGUUUAGAGUCACAAUGUGAGAAAGGCUACGAAGGACCUUUAUGUUCAGUUUGUAGCUCUGGAUAUUUUAAACAACUACAAACAUGCAAACAGUGUCCCACAAAGAAGUGGAUGAUCGGGCAGCUGACGAUCGUGGGAUGCGUUUUGAUGGCAAUCGUUGCAUUUCUGGCUUGGUCAAGUAAAAGGAAAGUUAAAAAUACUCAAGAACACACGUUCUUAGAUACAUUUUUUUCCAAACUGAAGAUUGUAAUUGGCUUUUAUCAAGUCACAUACGGUAUACUGGAAGCAUUUUCCUUCAUAAAAUGGCCAGAUUCACUGGAGAUCAUUGGCAGAUAUUCAGAAAUACUUCAGAUGAACGCAUUUCAGAUUGCACCAGUUCAGUGUCUUAUCUCGGGUUUACAAGUGGACGCCUUUGCAAAUCUAUUUGCAAUGAUGGUGAUAAAUGCUGCUGCAAUUGCUCUCUCUAUCGUGUUUUAUGGAGUGCGAAAGAUAACAAUCUUAAAAAAUGGAAGCCUGAAUUCGGAAGGAAAGUCGAGCGAAAUCUCUCAGACGAAAGAACUCGUUUACAAGAAUUUGUUUUUUGUUCUGUAUGUCACUUAUCUCAGCACCUGUUUUAAAACAGCUACUGUUCUGCCUCUUUCUUGCCGAGAAAUUUGUCGAGAUACAGGAGAAAGUUUCUGUUCUGUGUACCUUAAAUCAGAUUACAAUAUCCAGUGCACAGGUCCAAAGUAUAAAAGAAUGGCCAUCGCGGCGUAUAUUUCUACAGCCUACCUCUUUGCUCUGCCCACCGCCUCGUUUAUCGCCCUUUGGAAGCAAAGGGGAAUAGUAACAGCUGAAAGUGCAAAUACACCACACGAUUUAGUGUCCAAGUCGGAAAUGAUCACUGGUUUACGAUUUCUCUUUGAAAAUUACAAAGCUCGUUCGUGGUAUUGGGAACUGGUUGAAAUGUGCCGAAAAGUUAUUUUAACAUCUGGUCUGAUACUUGUUGGACAAGAAACAGGUCUUAUAUCGGCUUAGCAUGGGUAAUCGCUGGGAUGUAUGGAGUAGUAUUUUCCUUCGUCAGUCCCAUUCAAGACGUUGUUGAAAACAGACUGAUGGUAACAUCCAUUGCAGUUACAGUUGUUAACUUAGGCAUUGGAGCUGUGAGCAGGAUUCCCGCAGAAAACGUUCCAGGAUCAGACGACUCUUACAGUGAUGCAAUGUUAUUUAAGAUAUUGGUGAUUGGAGCAAAUACAUUGGUGAUCGGUCUUCUUGCUGGUAAGACAAAAGAGGAGAUUAAGUCCACAGUUCAAGUAGCUUUCACUGAAACGAGACUAACGCGUUUCUGCCGCAAGAUACCACUUGAAACGUCCCUUACCAAAUCUACAUGUAUAUAUCUCAAUUGCUUCAUUUCAUUUUUACAUAUAGCGCGCGGUAUGUCACGUACAUAUAUGGACAUAUAUGUCUAGGCGAUUUUUUGACAACCAACCUAAUGAAAUUUGCAGUCAUUUGAGUGAAAAAGCGUUAGAAGGCACGUUUCUUAAGCCCGAGAAGCUCCCAAAUCAUAGUAACGAAGGAAGGGAGAAAAAGAAAGAGCGAGGAGAAGAACUCCCAGACUAUUUCAAAUCUUGGACCGUUACGAAAAAAGUCACGCAUGACGAAAGACGUCCGCAUAAAGCUGACGGGUGAUAGGGGUAACCCUACCUGUGAAAUUCGCUUGUUAACCAGGCUAACUUUAAGCCGCUUGCUACGGUAACCCUAGCACAAGGGUAACCCUCUUUCCUUGUAAACAGGCCCAUUAUACUCGUGUUGGAUGGAACGAAACACUAAAAAUGCGUUAUUCAUUUUUGGCCUGAAACUUUGCAGUAUUUUGGUACACAACUAAAGUGAAUUCAUCAUGACUAUCUUUCCAAAUUAAACCUUUUGACCUUAGCUUAUUUUAGUCUAUAUCCGUCAUCUUUCAGUUCAGUACGCAGUGCAUUUUUAUCAGUACGUUAAGGAGUGGCUGAGAAACCCGCAAUGUUCUGUUUCUUGCUGCGUAGCACUAUUGCUUCCUCUGAUUGACAUGAAAGGGGACAUCGGUGACCAGGUAACUGGGCCGAAUGGCCUUGGUAAGCGUGAGAUUGACGUAGGACAAGUGGACAUGCCUGAUUUUUCCUCCUCUACAAAAGCCCAAGACGCUGGGAAAAACAGUGGUUCAGCCAAAUGUGAUAGCAUCGAUACCAAGUCCGAGUGCAGAAGCGACAGUUGUCAUCGAGGAACACAGACAAAG